GGAAGCAAAGAUUGUGGCUCCAGCCCAAGAAGCCAUGGGAGAUGCUCACACUGUCUCUAGCAGGCUCGAUGUUAUAGCUCGAGAGACCUAGAAGACAUGGUGGAAACCAUCUCAGCAUGAGGACCAUUCCAAUUUCUCUGGCACUUGAUGAAAUCAGCUGCAUCCAGGCAAAAAUCAGCAUGGCUACCAGAGAUGCAGAGCUGGAAGAGAGCAAGGCAAGAUGAACCAAGACAUGCUACUGGGAAGCAGCAAGAGCAGGGCUGCUCUGCCAAGGGAGAUGAGCCGUAAGCUGAGGAUAACACCUCAUCAUCAGGGCAGGGACAAGUCAGUGACAGGUCCCAUCAGCAGUGAUCCUCAGGCCAAGGCGAGAAGGCAAGCCAAGUCCCAGCUGCCGGCUGAUGCUGUCUUUGCCCACCAGUAAGCAGCAGCCGGUGCCAUGGAUGAGGUGACGGAGCUGGAGAUGGAGGGGAACUCCCUCUUGAAGGCAGUGUGGCUCGGGCGGCUCCGGCUCACCCGGCUGCUGCUGGAAGGGGGGGCUUACAUCAAUGAGAGCAAUGAGAAAGGGGAGACUGCCCUGAUGGUGGCCUGCAUCACCAAGCACGUCGACCAGCAGAGCAUUAACAAGGCCAAGAUGGUGAAGUACCUGCUGGACAAUAGAGCUGACCCCAACAUCCAGGACAAGUCUGGGAAAACAGCCCUCAUGCAUGCCUGUAUCCGUGGUGCAGGGGGGGACGUGGUGUCCCUGCUGCUGGAGAACGGGGCAGACCCCAGCUUGGAGGACCACUCGGGAGCAUCUGCUUUGGUCCACGCCAUCAAUGCUGAUGACAAGGAUGUGCUGCAGCACCUCCUGAAUGCCUGCAAAGCCAAAGGGAAGGAGGUGAUCAUUAUCACCAUGGACAAAUCGGCCUCUGGCACCAAGGCCACCAAGCAGUACCUGAACGUUCCCCCCUCACUGGAGUUCAAGGAGAGGACCCCCCCUGAGGCAUGCACAGCACCUUCCAGCGCCCACAUGAAAACUCCUGUCUCGGCACCUUCCCCUGCUGAGAAGGAGAGCGGCACCUUUGGGUCACACCCCAGGGACAGCCCCUCUGCCAGGGCUGCUGACGAGCCAUCCUCCCCAGGCCAGAGAGCUGGUGCAGCCAGGAGAGCCCGCCUGCCCCAGCUGAAGCGGCUGCGAUCGGAGCCAUGGGGUCUGGUCGCACCCUCGGUGCUGGCAGCCUCUGCGCACCGUGACGACACGCGGGUCUGCAUGGACGAUGAGGUGAUCAUGGGCAUUGGUGACCUUUCGCUCUCCAAAAAGGCUCCCCUUGCCCGGAGUGGCAGCAGCAAGAGCAAGGACCCCUCUCUCUUCCCCCCAGUAGACGAAGAGUCUCUGAGGACGUUGCCAGCGCCGGGGCCAUUGGCGAGGAAAACAGCCUAUGAGAAGAACCAGGCCACCCAUCAGCGCCUGCCCCGAAGGAGCACAGUCCCUGAAGACCUGGAGAGCAUCGGCUCCGCUGCCAACGGCUCAGCCGCAGCGAUGGACACGCUGUACUGGCGGAGGCUGGGCGCUGAGCACUACGACUGCGAUCCCCAGCUCUCCAGCGGCCCAGCUGAGGUGGGGAAGGUGCCGUCGGAGAGGAGGAAGCUCAGCGGGUCCCACUUGGCUUUGCUGGAUGGCUCACGGGAGUCCCUGGAUAGCAUCGCUGGCACAUCACCUGGGACUGUCCGGCGCCGACCGCCCGGCUUGCUGGAGAGGCGAGGGUCCGGGACCCUGCUGCUGGACCACAUCUCCCACACGAGGCCAGGAUAUCUGCCCCCCCUGAAUGUGAACCCCAACCCCCCAAUCCCUGACAUCGGCUCCAACACCAAAACCUCCUCCCCGCUCACUGCUGGUUUGAAGUCCCUGGUGCCCAUCGCCCCCAGCUCGCCCAGACGGGGUGACUUGAGAUCCAAAAGGAAGCUUCUCCGGAGACACUCCAUGCAAGCGGAGCAGAUGUGGCAGCUCUCUGAUUUUGAGGAAAUAGUGGCCCAGUAGCCAUGUCACCAUUUACUUCCCAGUAAGGUCACCAUACCAGUGCUGUCCCUGCAGAAACGUGACGUUCCCACAUGGAGCAGUUGCCUGGCUCCAGGGAAGUGCUGGUGACCAUGGGGGUCAGACCUGUGCCCAGGGGCUGAAUCAGGAGGUUCCUGCUCCUGCUUGCCAAAGCUGUGAGGAGAGCCUGGGCCUCCAGCCCAAAGAACCGAAGUCUCUCUUGUACUUUUCAUUCACUGCUGGACCUUUCCCCAGGGGCGACUACCUGAGAGAUCGAUCCCAGACCAUCUGAGAUUGUCAGGCUUCAUGCAAAGGCUCCUGCUUGGAGUUCACUUAUUCCUUGCUAUUUACAAUCUGCUUUUCUUCCAUCCUGCUCAUUCUGACGCAGAAACCCAUCUGGAGCCCCACGCCAGUGAGCCAUGGGGCUGAUGUGUUUGUGAAGUGCCUACCAGGAAGGAAAGGAGCUUGAUGCUGCGCAGCAUUGGAAGAUCAGAAAACCACCCUCCCUGGCAAUUGAAUGUAUUGGUACCCUCACUGUGCUGGAGAGGGAGACAAUUCUCCACCUCAGAGAUUUCCAAGCACUUUGAAACUCCAGAGGCUGAGCUAACCCCGUUGCUGCUGCAACCUGGUGCCUUCAGUGGGCCUGGACUGGGAACAGGUUUGUCUCUGUCUCUGAAGUGACCAAGAUUCAGGAGCAUUUCCCACUAUACCGAGCAACUCCAAGCACUGAAUUCCUGGGUGGGGAAGGCUGCCAGCUUGGUCUGCACAGGAAACCUCUGCCAACGAUGGGGGAGCAAGGAUGCCAAGUUGCCAAGGGUGGCACGUGGUGAGCGUCAGGGGUUCAUCCCAGCAGGGUGAAGCUGCAGGAAUAGCACCGCAGCCAGGUCACCCCUCUCCUGCUGACCCUGCUGCAGCAGCAGCCCUGUGGGGCCAAAGCAGAGCUGAGGCGGGGGGAGCACGCAGGUGGGAGGAGGGGGCAGCCACAGGAUGGCUCUGCAUGGUGUUGGUGUCUGCCGCACCUCUCUGCGUGGCACUGUCCUGAUGCAGCCUGAGUCCAAGCCAGCAAACGCGUCUGCUUGGCUGGAGGUGGGGGUGCGAGCACCGUUCCUUCCCCGGUGCCCAGGAACGGGGUGCCCGGUGCCGCAGCCCACAGCCGUGCAGCACCCUGCCAUGGGACUGGGCCCGCACCAGCAGCACGCGGCAGCUGCACAGGACCAGGGCAGCGAGACUGUGCACCGCAGGCCCCCUCCCACCCGCACGGCCCCAGCCUCAGGCAGGCACAGCUGGCGGUGGGGAGCACUCCUCACCCCACACUCGGCUGGGGCUGUAGGCUGUAUGUGUGUCGUAGCUGCCGUCAGCCGCCGCCAAACCCACCACAUGGAACCGGCUGCACGGAGAGAAACCAGCCCACGGCCCCGUGCCACUGCCUGGGCAAGCGUUUCGGAUUUGCAGCAUGCCCCAAACGCUGUGCCAAGCACCAACAGCUCCCCCGUGUUUAUUCAGUCUCACCUGGGAUAUGCCGCAUCUGCCAGCUGCACAAGGAACCCAUCUCAGUAGCCCCCGCCUCAAAGUUACUAGCCAACAUGGUGUAUCAGACUGCUCCAGCGAGCAAGCGGCAGAUGUUGGGUUCUGCCCUCGCCUCGAUCAGCCCAGCACACGUUCCCGUCCGUCCUUCCGAAGCGGCUGCCAACCAGCGGGUCCCUUGCCCUGGGCAUUAGCCACCUUUCUCCAGGCUGUUGCAAAACUUGGCGCAGCUCCUGCACAAAGCAGCACUGCAUUUUGGCUUGAACGGCGCAGGAACAUUCUCUGAAAGUGCAUUUGAGAUUUAAAUAUGCUAUUUAGAGCAGAGGUGGGCUUAUAUUUUUACAGCCUUAAAAGUUUAUACUCUCUGUAGGUCAGAUGUCUUAUAGAUUGAAUUUCAGGCAUAUUUUCCCUGUAACAGUGAUGUUUGUCUUCUGUUUUCGUGUGGAAUUUUCAAGCCCGUAGUUCACCUUUUCAA